AUGUAUCUCAAAAAACUUAACUAUGCAAUUAUAGUCUUGGUCACAUAUUUUUUGAAUGAAAGUGUUUAUUCUCAGCUGGAUGUUGGGUUUUAUAGCAAUUCAUGUGGUAUGGCGGAGUUCAUUGUAAAAGAUGAGGUUAGAAAAAGUUUCUAUAAGAAUCCUGGAAUUGCUGCUGGACUUGUAAGAAUGCAUUUUCAUGAUUGCUUUAUCAGAGGGUGUGAUGCAUCGGUACUUCUUGAUUCGACUCCCUCUAACACAGCAGAGAAAGACUCUCCAGCCAAUAAACCGAGUCUCAGAGGGUUUGAAGUUAUUGAUACUGCCAAAGCUAAACUUGAAGAAGUAUGCAAGGGAAUUGUUUCAUGCGCCGACAUAGUUGCAUUUGCAGCAAGAGAUAGUGUAGAGUUGGCUGGAGGGCUAGGCUAUGAUGUUCCUGCAGGAAGAAGAGAUGGGAAAAUAUCAAUAGCUUCAGAUACAAGAACAGAUUUACCUCCUCCUACUUUCAAUGUUAACCAACUCACUCAACUCUUUUCAAAGAAGGGGUUAACACAAAAUGAAAUGGUCACUCUCUCUGGAGCACACACCAUUGGACGCGCUCAUUGCUCUGCUUUCAGCAACAGAUUAUACAACUUCAGCAGCACUUCAAGGCAGGAUCCAAGUUUACAUCCCUCAUAUGUUGCGCUGUUGAAAAGGCAAUGUCCACAAGGAAGCACAAACCAAAACUUGGUGGUACCAAUGGACCCUUCUAGCCCUGGAACUGCAGAUGUGGGAUACUAUAUUGAUAUCUUGGCAAAUAGAGGCUUAUUCACAUCUGAUCAGACUCUCUUAACUACCACUGGAACAGCCAGACAAGUUAAUCAAAAUGCUAGGAAUCCCUAUCUGUGGGCAAACAAGUUUGCAGAUGCAAUGGUGAAGAUGGGAAGAAUUGGCGUCUUAACAGGCAAUGCUGGGGAGAUUCGAACAAAUUGCAGGGUGGUCAAUAGCUAG